AUGCCGGAUUCAUUAAAGCAUUUUAGUGACAAGACCCAAGAAAGUAUCGUCCAAUGGUUUAACACUGUAAAAACGAAUUGCAGUGUCUCUGAGAUAGAUGAGAUAGAUGAUUAUUAUCUUAAUCCAAUAUUAUUAAUCGUCGACAAUCUAUCUAAAUCAAUUUUUUGUAUUCUUGAUGUUUCCACUGCAGAGAAUCAACAGAUUACUGAAGAUCUCAUUGCUCAUCUUAGGCAAACUUAUUACCAAGCUAAUCAAACUUCAUUGAGAAGAGUGUUUGAUAUAAAGGCUACAGUAAAAGGGUAG